AUGCUAGAUGCAUUCAAUGAUGCAACAAAUGUGACAAAAUCACAUAUCCCAGUUGCAAAUGCACAUGCAAGGAUUGAUGUCCAAAAAAGACAAAACAAUGUGCCAGCAAAUGAUUCAUCUAUUGCACGCCUGAAGCGUGGUAGACCAUUAGGCUCAAAGGACUCAGUCCCUCAAAAGAGGAAGUCGAUGGUCAAAAUGAAUCCAAAUGAAAUAAAUGGAGAGCCUACAAUUCAUAAUUCAAAUGCCUACAAAGGGGCAAACGUCAUUGGUGAGACAAGCGCCUCUGAACUAACAGUUGUACCUAAAAGUCAAGAAAUCUCCUUAAAUUAUACGUUUAUUGAUGAAUUGUGCAAUAGAAACGAGAUGAUCAUCAAUGAUAUAUUUGCAUUCUCAGUGGCUACUGAGAUAAAAAAAGAUGAUGAUAUUGAGUCUUGCUCCAUUGAUGAAUGCACACAGAGACAGGAUUGGCCUAAGUGGAAAGAUGCAAUCUAG